CGACAUGGCGGCUCGACUUCCGCAAUAUGUGCCCUGUUGGCAAACUAUGCACAUAGCAAACGCAUGCACGUUUAUUACCACCGUGCUUGAAGCCACCUGUAGCGCGAGAAGCGACCAGCAGCAGCACCGAAUGGUCUUGAAACCAUGCCUUCAUCACAAUCUAGCUCGCCUUCUGCAGCUCAGCAGGCAAACAAGUUAGCCGAGGCUCUCAUGGAUGACUUCGCAUGGUUCCUGUACAAAGAAGCUCCAGAUGUGUUUCAAAACGUCCACAGAAUCAAACGACUUCUGAAUUUGGCUGAUAGACGCUUUCGGGAUGACGACGACCGCAUGCAGUCAUUCUUCAAUCCCUGCACACAAGACAUCGAAGGCGACUGUUGGGCAUUCUCUUGCCACCACAGGUUCAACACCGUCUUAAUACCACAUGGCGUUGAAAUGAUUGCCAUUUUCCAGAGCGCUUUCGCUUUGCAAACUCUGGAAAAUGCAGAGUACAGCCUGUUCGGUCCAGGCGACCUCUUUACCAUGUGCGUCUGCAUCUGGCUUUUGCGAACGCAUUGCUGCAUAAGCAAAGUAGUAAUCAAUGUAGCGACUGUCGCGCGCUUCUGCGCUCCCCUAUUCUGGAGGCUGCUUUCCCUUAACGUUGGUCACCUUGAUAAAGUCCAACUCAUAGGCUUGCCUGCUGAUCAGAGUCAUUUCAGAGUAUCUCAGGUGUUUGAAAAUGCUACUGAGCUUUCGGAAAUCGCCAUUGCUCAUAUAGUACUCAGUGACAACCAAGUUGAGCUACUUUGCAGUGUAAUAGAACAGAACGAGGGAUUAAAGAGACUGGUGCUAAAAUGCGUCAGCAUGACCACAAUAGCGUUGCAAGUCCUAAGCAGGGCCAUCGCAAAGCACAGCCGUCCAACGUCUUUCGAGUUACGGGAUAAAACACCAGCGAGCGAGGGUUACGAAACCGCUCUGGCUGGACUUUUGGGCGCACCUGUCAGCAAACUGUGUCUGGAGGCACCGUGCGAUUGGGCGGAACUCUUCAAGCGUCUUCGUUAUAAUACGUGCCUCUCUGAUUUGGAAAUAUUUGAUUGUGGAUCUCGUAUGUGUACAUCGCUGAAGGACCUUGCAGACGUCCUGCUCGAAAAUUCGACAUUAAGGCGCCUAAAACUUUCCGUUAGUUUUCCUCGCAUGGGCGAUUGUGCUACUGACCAGUGGCUUAAACUCACCCAGUUGAUCGGACGAAACCGAGCACUGAAAUCGCCGAGUUUAGCCUCGUCAAAGUUCUGUAAGGAUUGUGUGGCGAUGGUGGAACUUGCUGAAGCUAUUGCCCGGAACAAAUCUCUAGUCGAACUUUCGGUGGAAGAGUGUGAUCUUUCUUUGGCGAGUUUGUUUUUCAUUUUCUUCGGUCUGUCACAUAACGAGACGAUGGAGACACUGCGUAUCGGUAUCUUGCUCAUGGACGAGGAGGUUAACCGCUUGGUCCUCGGGCGUAUUGCUGAACUUGGCCUAGGUGAACGUGUAGACUGUGUGUACGCGGUGAAAAGCGACUGGCGGCUAGUGCGGUGUCGGGAAGCCUACGGAAUGACGUGCUUUCGUAAGGUCCGAGUUCUGUACUCACCUGCUCUAGACGGCGACCACUCUCUAAAUAUCGUGCACCGCGUGCAGGAAACCCUGACUUCGUUGUACUUGGAAGGCAUGGCUGGCGUCUAUAUGAGCUGCACUGCCGCCCAGUGUCUAGCCGAUGUGUUUGCUAAGAGCAAUGCGCUUGAACAUGUGACGCUUCUAUUGGACGUCGAAGCCGGUAUUGUGGUUACAGUACUCGAGGGGUUGGCGUUAUCUAGAACAAUCUACUCUGUGGUCGUCGGCCAUAGAUGGCAGCUGUGUGGUAAAGUGGCGAUCGCGUUCGGAGAAACCCUCCAAAAGAACAGUAGCAUAGCAGAGCUAACAGUCUGGCAAGACACCCGAAUUGGAUUUGAAGAACUGAAAGCGCAGCUUCGACUAGGCGUUAAGCGUAAUUACGCCAUUUACAAGGUGCAGUUAUUGUACGGCCCUGAGAAGAACGAAUCGCAUGACUGGGCUCUCUUGCAGAUGUUGCAUAACAACAGGAUCGCCAUCAACUGGGCUGCAGACGUUAUCCUCGGAAACAGCUGUACGGGAGCAUGUAUGUAUGCUUUUAUUCGCAUGAAGGCCUGCAACAACUGCUGGGCGGUUUUGCGGCAUGCUACUGGUUGCGAUAAACAAGAGUUGGAGUCGAAGAUGGCGGAAGCCUGUAAACGUUCAGAAAGAGAGUUGCCCCGGGUGCCGCCUGGUGUCACUCGAGCUGGCGGACAAAUAGAAGUGUCUGGUAAAAGGACAAGUGAGCUGUACACUCUCGAUAAUGACUUCAUUGAGCAGGUCAAGAUUUUCUUCGAGGCCAAGAAGCGCGAAAACAAGCCGCGUCGUGCUCAAUAAACUUAGUUUUCGGAGAUUCCUCCCAAGUUCCAGUGCAUCUAUGCUGAUAGUGCGAGUGUUCGAGUGACUCUGGAUUUGUCUUAAAAAUCGCACAGGGAACUUUCCCGCGUGUUCUAUGCUCGAUAAUUUGCCUGUUGUCAUUCCCAAACAUAUGUUUGAUAAUUCCUAACAUCUGCAGACAUUUGUAGCGUUGUUCUAAGAUUAUAAUGUGUUGGUUCUACGUCUCGCUGACUCUAAAGCUUUUGUACCAUGGACUUUGCUGUCUAGUCCACGCGCUGUGAAUAAAGUGUUG